GAUUUCUAGGUUUUUGAAAUAUCACAGUUUAAUAUCAAAGACAUUUGUAUUUAUAUUUUAUAUAAACUGUUGGAAAGAAAAACCAAUUAAACAGAAAGCAAUGAAUUCACUAAAUUUGCGUGUGUCUUCGGUGAAGACCGGGGACAAUGUAAAGAAGAAUGCCGAAAUGCGGACUACGCUUGUCACGUUGCCAAAACUUUAUGAAAAUUCCGAUGCGAGUUAUUGUAUUGAAUUAAAGGGUGCCAAUUCGAUAUCAGAACAGGUGACGGCCGUGAAAAAUAUAUUUAAAAACCUUAGCCGAGAUAUCCAAGCAUUGCAAUUUUUGGCAGACUUAUAUUUUCAUUGUCCGCUUAAGCAUCCCGUACGUAAUCAAAUACUUAGGCUUCUAAUUACAGCUGCCCGGCUGGGAACCGGUGAUACAGAUGAAACAUCCAUUGUAAACGCUUUGUCACACACAUUGCAACGUUUAGUGGAGGAAACUAGAGUAGAGACUGAGAGCAGCACUUGGAAUUUUACAAUCACUUCAAUGUCUGGCUGUUUCGAGAAUUUCGAUAGUGGCCUUAAAGCAUUUCAGCAAAGCAUAGUUGAUGUGUUUCCCUUUCUCAGCUCGGCGGUGCAAAAAUAUCUUACUGAAUUGGGUGUGCUUAGUUCACCAUCCGUGCGUAAUGAGUACUACUUAUAUGUACACAAUGCUAUACACUUGCUACUCAGCUGUGUACAGGAGUAUGGCGCAAAAGUCAAAGAAAUACACAGUGACAUACUCAAACAGUUAGCUGCGCUAUGUCAGCAAAUUGUACGCGACGACGAAAUACCCAUGGAUCCACGCACAAAUUCUGGUAUUUUAUUAGCGCACAACGCCAAACUAACGGCUACUUAUGAAAGUUUUAUACAAGAAGUCAAACUGACUAAGAAUCCCAAUGAGAUUGCGUUAUGUGUUGGCAUCGUUAAUACUUUUGAUCACCAUGAUUUUCAACAUAUAUCGGCAGAUAUACGCGAUAUUUGCAGCAAAAUAGAGGAAAUUGCAAACGCUAAUGCGACGGUGCCGAAUAUUUUACUUUGCGCUACACGUGCACUUUAUCAGAUAUCAAAAAUUAUACUCACUUUUGAAUUAAAGCAGCAAGCACCACCCACCGAUGAUGCCAAGUUGAUAUUACGUAAACUUUUAAUAUUCACAUUUGGCUAUUUAGAGCACCACAUGGAUAGCGUGCGGCAUUUGUGUCGGGAUUUGCUGCGUAAUACUGUGGCAGCGGCCAAAAAAAUUAAAUUUGACUUUCUCAUACAAAAGAUUUAUGAUGCCUGUAAUUCUGAUCGACUGUCGCUUUCUAUGAAAUGUGUAGUGCUGCAACAAACUGUAGCAAUUAUGGGCGCAGAUGCCAUAAUACAUCAAUGUUCCGAAGUAUUUACAAACAUUUUCGCCGAAGAGCUCGGUCGUGAUUUCAUGGCGAAAAACUUAUUUGAGACACUUAUGUUUGCCAGUCACAAAGAGUUGCGAUACGAAGCUUGGCUCAAACUUUGGAUCGAAUAUCUGCUUGUGAUAGCCACUGCUAAUGACGCGCGUUUGGGUGACAUCGAAGCGCUAAUUGUUAAAGCGGUGAAAUGUGAACCGAAAAUUGUAAAGCAUAUCAUACAACAUCCAGCUGAAAUACCGAUUAGCACAAAAUUAUCGGUUCUGUGGGCUGUGCGUACGACGGGCAUUGAAGUUGAUGAUUUCACCGAAAUAAUGGAACAAUUCUCCAGCAAUCUUGUGUACAGCAUAAUCUGCAAUUCGGAUGAAACGCGCAUUAUGGCCUUGCGCUUGUUGGUGGAGACAAAUAAGUCAACGGAGUUGCUGACAUUGUUGGAAUGUGAAAAUAUGCUUACCUUCCUCGAAUACAAUUCCAAUUGUCAAAGUCCAGCGACACGUCAAAAAAUUCUAGCCUUGUUCGACAAAGCACUAUAUCGCUGUGAAGUAAAUCUUGUUAAAGUGCUUAAGGAUUAUAAACCCGCCAAGGCAGUUAAUGCGGCAAGCGCUGCUGGUAAAGGCAUUGGUGCUGAUGCGCCAUUGCAAUUGAAAUUUUUGCGCGAUGUUAUUAAGAAAUUGGUGGAGAAUCUUUUUCAGGGCGCCAAUUUCAGCCGCCGUUCAGUGUCUUUACAACUCUUAUCAACGGCUUUACAGAUUAGCAACAAUCGCGAUAUAUCAUUUGAUCACGUGUUACCACCAUAUACCGUUAAAGCGCUUGCCGAUGUGCUUGCUGACUCAUACGAAGCCAACAAAGCGUCAGCUGCAAGUACUUUGUCGUUCAUUGAAACAAAUUUGAAUUGUGAUUUAAUACAAAAACAUCAAUUGAAUAUCACACUCGCACAUAUCUGCAAAAACUUGACAUCGGUCCGUCCAGCCGAUUCGGUAACCGGCGCAUAUCAAUUGCAAUUUUAUUGUAAUCGAAACGAACACAUCAGCAGCUUUGGCAGUUAUGAGCCAACGCAAUAUCAACCCUACUAUUAUGCCGCUUUACGUUGGCUCCUGCAAGAACUGAAAGCUGGUCUGAAAUUGGCUAAAGAGAGUCUGCUGCAAGCGGCCAAAUUGAAUCCAUUAUAUGGCGUCCUUUUUGCCGUAAGGCGCAUCUUACAGCUACUCGAAUUUGAUCGGUUGGAAGUAGAGAUACCAUGGCGCAUAAUUAUAGCCGAGUUGAUUGUGUUGUGUAAGGAGCUGACCACCGUUGUAUCGCCUGUGGUGAAUAGCUCAUCACCUGAAGGUCAUUUGCCGAAUGACUUCAGCCAACUGCCCGCAGAGUAUGGCGAAGAGCUCACAAACCCUGAUGCUAAUACUAAAAUACUUUCUGCCAAAUUAGCCAAAGCCGAUCUGUCGAAUGUGAAGACAACACCGCAAAUGGUGCUGCUAUGCGCUUGGCGCACCGUCAAGGAGGUAUCACUGAUAUUGGGCAAAAUAGUGUUGGAAUCACGUAUACAGCUGAGUAAAUUUACCGAACAAUUUCUCAUCACCAAAGAGCAAUUGCUUGAGAUCGGCGAGCAUUUCAAGCAGUUACUGGCCGAAACCAAACAUCGUGGCGCCUUCGAACAAGCCUAUGUUGGCUUCUUAAAACUUUGUUAUCGCCUGUGGUGCUUGGAGGUGGUCGAUUUGAAUUCGCUACCCAUGCAAUGGUUACGCGAAUUGCUCACGCUCAUUGCGAAAGACGAACAAUUGAAUGAGAAGAUAUGCGCGACACGUCGCAGCGCGGGCGUGCCGUUUAUGGUGCAAGCGCUCAUUACAUCCGAAUUGCGCGUGGGCUCCACAAAAUCGCUCUACUAUGCCAUGUCACAUUUGCUGCAGUUAUGCGCCGCACGCGAACGCAGCGCCGAAUCGCGUACGCAUGCCUUGAAUAUAUUGCGUGCGCUCUUUCGUUGCACCGAUCUGAACGAGGCGGUGGUGGAGUAUGUGAGCGACGGUGUCAUUUGCGCCAUACGCGGUUACAAUGCCGAAACGUGGUCGGAAAAAAAUUCAGCCACCUUACUCUUCGCGGCGCUUAUUACACGCAUUUUCGGUGUGCAGCGCACGCGCGAUUCCGAUAAUUUGAAUGUGCGCAAUAAGAUGACCGGACGUGUGUUCUUUUUGCGUUAUCCCAAAUUGUAUGAUUUCUUUCUGGCGCAGUUGCAAGAAGCCAGCGCAUUGGUGCAGCAGCAACAGAAGGCGCAUAACCUACAUCCGCUAUUGUUGUUAUUAAGUCGCUUAUAUCCGUCCGCGCUGGAGGGCACAGAGUCCAAUUUGAAGUUAAGCGAGUUUAUACCGUACAUAGCGAAUUGUGCGAGUUGUCCUAAUAUGCAGACGCGUUAUCUAGCGGCAAAAGCUGUUGUGGCGCUAGUCUCCAAGGAUGCAAUAACGGUCACUGUACUGCAGAUGUGUGCUGAGAUUGUGAUUUCGGCUGAUCGUUCCAAGACGUUGAAUUUGAAUGUUUUACAUGGCCAACUGCUGCAGAUUUAUAUGCUACUAAAAGCACUUAAACGACCCGAUGCUGAGCUAGUCGGGGAUAUAGCGGCCACAUUGGUGGUGGUUCAGGAGAAAACUCAAAUAAAAAACGCCGUUAUACUCAAAUUAAUUUUGGAUAUUUUUAUCGAGAUACUACAAAGCCAACAGACUCUCAGUUAUGAACAACAAACCAUACAAAACUUACUUUACUUCACCACACACAAGGAGCUUUACAAUGCUGAACUGAGCUUUUACUAUCCGGUGCUGCGCAAAUCUUUCUAUAUUUACAAUUUACAUACUUUACGUUUGACACUGCCAUUCGGUGCGCUCUCUGAUUACCUGCUUUGCCCGCCGCUCACGCAUGCCACCAUGCAUUUGGAACAAGCGGAAGUUUGCCUCAAUGUGAUACUACUAAUACUAGGGCCAGAGGAAAUGGAUUUGUCAGAAUUCGAAAUAUCGCAUGAAGAGCAGCGUUUCGUACGCGCUCUGCCCGUUGAGAUGCGCGAUAGUUUGGCCGCAGAGUUGCGGCAGAGUAAAGCUCUGCAUGCCACACUGAAGGAACUCCUGCCAAAGCCACUCUACUAUCCGGAGUGUGUGAUGAAAGCGUAUGCCAUACUUAGUUUAUUGGAUAACUUCGAUUUCACUUUAAGUCACUUGUUGAAAGAGUCUAGAAAGCAUACGGGUGAUGUUAAGUCACCGCUGACCAUGUGUGUGGAGCGUUUGGUGAUUAAACAAGGCGGUGUUGACUCGAAGGUAUCGCUAUCAUAUUUGGAGUAUUUAUUGGAAAUUUCACAAGCCUGGAAUCCCGACUGUUUGAGAUUGAAGGCUGCACAAAUCUUAUCACACAUAGCUGUACAUUUUAAUAAAGCUUUGGAGAAGAAAAAAUUACCAUUUGUACGUUUAUUCAUUGGACUAACGCUGGCGCUGCUCAUGGAUGAUGACUUUGAAAUACGCGAUUAUACUGCUAAAAUCGUUGUAAACAACCUAGCCGACGAUAUAGGACUGAAAAGUGUCGUGUCGACUAUGGCGCAGCGUCUCUUCUUGCAAUCCAUUGCCGAUCAGCUGGAAGAAAUGCGUGCUGAUGACAAUUACAUAAUCCAAAUUUUCAAAGUCAUCAACGAAACAGCAACUUUGGGUAUUGGCGCCGACGAAGAUGUCAACAAUGCAACUAACGGCAGUAGCAGCGGCAGCAACAGCAGCGCUUCAACGGUGGGCGAUUUGGAGGUUUUCGAUAAAAAUGAGGCGAACAUAUUUGCCGAGCCGCAAAAAGUGAUAUACGAUGCCAUUGUUGUAUUUAAAAAUACCUUCACAACGCGACCGAAAGUAUUAAGUUUUGUAGGAGCGACUCAGCCACUUUGAAAUUAAAUUGGCUAUAUAGUUUUUAUUAUCUGUUUAUGAAAAUAGUUCAAAACGUGAUAGUGUUUAUGACGCUAAUUUAGCUAGCCUUAUGGUUUGUUGUUAUGCUAAAAGCACAAAAGUGUAUUUAAAAAAAGGAAUGUUUUUUCUUAAGCGAGUAACAAAACGUACGGCACAGAUAAACAAAAACUUACUGCAGUUAUUGAAUAACUUGCAAACAUAUUCUACAUUUUGGUUUUUGUUGUUGAUUUGAGUGAUUUUCAAAGAAUCCCGAAUACUUAUUUUUGCAUUUCGCAAUAUUACAUUUGAAGUCGCUUAUUUUUUCAAACAAAAUUGCGCUGAAUUUCAAAAAUAUGAUUUUUAUAUUUAUUAUAUUUAUAUUUCUUUACUUCAUUACAUCCCUUUCUCGAUUUAAGCGUAUAUUCUUUAGGCGCUUGCUCUCAAGAGAACUAUAUAAAUUGUCUUCUGUUUGCUAGAAAGUGGCAUGCUAUGUGGCAUUUUAAUAGUAACUGUUUUAAAUAUGUAUGCAAAUCGUUGCUAUCACAAUUUACCGUUAAAUAUGCAUACAUUUUUGUCUGCUUGAGUGUGAAAGUAUAGUUAUCCUUUGUACAUUAGAUAUGUAUGUACAUACAUAAAAUGUAUAACUACAUAUUCUAAGCACAAAGUGGGGAGAAUAAACACUCUAUAUCUAUUUAUUUUGCUACUAAAGUACUUGAUUUAUUUAGUCAGAGAGCACUUAAAGUUAUAAUAUUUAUGUUGCUUGAAAGUUGCAACAAAUAAAAUAAAAUUAUUUUUUACUUAAAAAUUUAAUGAAAGUUAAUGAAAUUUUAUACUUUUAACGUACAAAAUGCAACUUUACAAAUGUAACUGUGAAAAACGCUGGCUUCAGUGUAAUUAAGCUCAACAUUUUUAAUUGCAAAAUUUGUUUAUAAAAAAUUUGCAUUUCUUUAAACAAAAACUUUAUAUUUUUUUUAAUUAUUAUUUUUUUUUACCGUGUACCGUUUUAAAAUAGAGAAUGCAUUAAAGGCAAAUUUUACAUUAACGUCUAAGCAUAACAGUAAAAUAUUGAAUUAUUUUCAAUUUAAUUUUCAAUUUUGUGCUUGUAAGUUUUAGCAUUAGUACAAUAAUAAUACAAGUCUUGUGUAUUUUUGUGUUUUGUGUAUUCUUACAGUGUAUUGAGUGUAUUUUCUUUAAAUAGAAGCCAUAUUAAACUGGCGUUGGUGUUAUAUAAACAUCAGUUUCUAUAUUCUAUUUCUAAAGCCUAUAUUUUUUAAUUGUAAUGUUAUUAUUAUUUUAAUUGUUGUAAUUCAAAAACUAACCUCACAUUUGCAAAGUUGAUUUAGAAAUUGGACUCAAACGUUUAAAUUGAAACACAAUAAAUUUAUUUUGUUCUUGUUUAAUGUACAUAUGUAUAAUACAUUAAAACACUUAUGAAGGAGUAGUAUCGGGAUAAGCGCAGUUUGAAGUCUCACGCCCACUUAAGAUUGCUGUAAAAUUCAUGGCUUUGAAAAUUACUGUGCAUCAAUUAAUUUUGAAAUGUAAUUUUAUUUUUUGUAUUCCGAAUUUUUCUAUUUAUAAAAAUUAAA